AUGACCAGGAAGAUCUUCGCAAAUACCAGGGAGCGGUGGAGGCAGCAGAAUGUCAACAGCGCCUUUGCCAAGCUGAGGAAGCUCAUCCCCACUCACCCUCCAGACAAAAAGCUGAGCAAAAAUGAAACGCUUCGCCUGGCAAUGAGGUAUAUCAACUUCUUGGUCAAGGUCUUGGGGGAGCAAAGCCUGCAACAAACGGGAGUGGCUGCUCAGGGGAACAUUCUGGGGCUCUUCCCUCAAGGACCCCACCUGCCAGGCCUGGAGGACAGAACUCUGCUUGAGAACUACCAGGUUUCUUCACCUGGUCCAAGCCACCACAUUCCUUAG